AUGGGUGAUCCCCUCAGCAUCGCUUCUGGAGUCAUCGGGAUUCUGACACUCGCGUUGAACGCGUCGAAGAAGCUGUACGAGCUAUCACAGAGCAUCCAAGGCCAUCCCAGAGAAGUGGAAAGCAUGCGCGAUGAGUUCAGAAUGCUAUCCACAAUAUUGAAACAACUGCAGCAGAAGUCGACAAAGGCCCUGUCGAGCAAAGACGAAUUGCUAGAAGCACCGCUGAAGGGAUGUUUUGAUUGCUGUGAUGAGCUGAACAAAUCUUUGAAGAGUCUGGGCAGCCCGGGUGUACGAGACUGGCUAAGGCUGCAGUUCAGAGGAAGAGCAAUUGAAGAUUUGAAGGCGAGACUCUUGAGCUACAAGUCGUAUUUGAGCAUUGCACUUCAGGUCAUUGAGCUCGAAGAAUCGUCGGCAAUCAGAGACGAUGUUAACAAGCUAAAGGAACAACUGAUCAGUAUCAAGAAAGAUCUAGAGUAUGAUCUGAGAGUGGUCAAUGGAGAUCUGGUCGGGGUGCAGAAGUCUCUCAAGGAAGUGCUUGAGAAGGAAAGAAGAAGUCUCGAAGCGAAUGUGGCAGCAUGCCAAGCCGCUGAGACGGCCCUUGAACGUCACCGCAAUGUCGACCUGAGUUUCACCAACAACACAGCCAACACCAAUUCACGACAGUUGCUCGGGACGGAUAACCUCGACGUCGAAGGGCGCAUUACCGCUACAGGUAACCGAGCUGAAGCAUCGUCGACUCAGGGCAUUGGUAUGUACUCUGCAGAGACUCUUCGUCACCUGCUCAGACCCUCGACCUCGCCCUCAACGCGCGACGGCAGGACCACCGUGACGGCCGAUGCCAUCCAUAUCCAAGGACUUAGCAUAAGAGGAGGAUCAACAAGCCUGAGCGCGCUCACCGGGGUGUCCGGCGAGGAUGAUCAUGAUGGUGUAAACGUCCCUCUGCCGACCGCAUCGCACCGCAGACAGGACUGA